UUAAACCUUGAGAUGUUACACAGCUGAGCAGAAAGAUGAAAUUUUUCUGCUCGCCAAUGAACAUGUUAGACCGUCUCGCAAAAAAGCAUUACUCAAGGAAAAACCCUGGAACUUAUUCUAUGGAUUCUUGUACAAUGGAACAGGCGGGUCAAUUAUCCAUAGGAAUUUUUUUACUGCCGGGAAACUUCAGCAAUGGGUACAAUCCACUUGACCCUCUCGGCCCAUCUUUUUUGACAGUGCGGCUAGGUGAAGACUAUUUUCUAAUUCCAAAGUCUCUAAGCGUGUUUAUGAUGAAAGAGCCGAAUCCGGGUGAUGACGCAGGGUCGAACGGUGGUAUUAAAAACAAAGAGACACAUGUCAAAAUGGACGAAGACGACUUAGACGAUACGCCUCUGGUUUGCAGAAAAAAACCCAACGAGGAGAAGGUCCAACAGAAACGGUUGAAACUGAAGAAAUCAUUCAGCUGUGAAAUUUGUUACACAUCAUUCGACAGUAAAAGUAAAUUAACCAGUCACAUGUUUAAGCAUAGUAAUUCUCGGCCACACAAAUGCACUGUAUGUUUCAAAGGAUUUAAGACUAGUGCCUACCUGGCCCGACAUAUGGAGAUACAUGACGAGCCAUCCAAAUUGCACUCCUGUAAUUUGUGUGACUUCAAGGCCCGCACAAAACCCUAUCUCAAGAUUCAUUAUAUCAGAAAGCACACGGAGGAUUAUAACUUCAACUGCGAACAGUGCGGAAAAAUGUUCAAAGUACAAUCCGACUACACGACACAUAUGAAGGACCAUGAUACCGAAUCUUGUUGUGUAUGUGACAUAUGUGGAACAUCUUAUCCUAGCAAAAGUUCAUUAUACUUUCACAAGCAUUACAAGCACAAGACUCGAGUCAAGGAGUUUGAGUGUACGACAUGUCGAAAACGUUUUAAGACUCAGAAGAAUUUGGAAAACCACUCGGAACUUCAUAAAAUGAAAUACGUAUGUGAGCAGUGCGGAAUGGAAUUUAAGUUUAAAUACGGUCUGACGAAACAUCUCAGAACUCAUUCUGGUGAAAAGUCGUAUUUGUGUGCCAUUUGCGGUAAAACCUUUGGCUGUUUGAGCUCGCAAAAGAUCCAUCUCCUCACUCACGUCGGUGAACGACCUUAUGUAUGUGACUUGUGUGGUCAGAGUUUUACGCAACGGUCCCCAAUGAUGCUGCACAGAAAAAAGCAUCCUGGAUCACAUCCACCUCCUCCACCUAUUAAAAUAACCAACUUGUUGCACGGAGUCCAAGAUAAAAUCAUUGUCAACAAGAAUACCAAAUAAUAUUAUGUUCAAGCAGUAUAACACAGGUUGAAACGACUCUGUACACCUGAUCUAUCUUUUCUGAGACUGCACCUCAACGUUGAG